AGAUCUUAUGUCAGUUCCAGAGAUGAUCAAACAGAAGGAACCUCCAGCCCAAGAAGGAACAUCUCCGCAGGUGUUGUCACAGGAAUUUUAACUUAAAAUAUUCCCUUCUUCUGAAGAACAUAGAGAAAACAGAAAAAAGGUAGAAAGGUUGGGGAGAUGGCAAGUAUGCCUCAUAAGAAGACUUGGGAUGAAGAAAUGGCAGAUUUAUUUCAUGAAUCUGAAUCAGUAUGGAAGCCUUUAAAAGAAGAUAAUCCCCGAUUGUUUAAAUUUUGGGAUCUUAAUCAGAAAUACUUAUAUUUGGUGGAGAAUACAUUAGUGGCAGAUGUGAAAACUUCUGGUUCACCAGAGCAGUUAAUUGCCAUGCUUCCUAAUAAAUCUCUAGCUAUGGCACAACAACCCUUUUUUAUGAGCCCUGAACAGAAGAAGAGCUGCUUGUCUUGUGUGAAGUCUGAGAAUGGCCAAUAUCAGAUAGAGUUAAAAGAGAAAGAUAUUAAGGAUCUUUACCACGAUCCAAAAAAUGGCAAAGCUUUCACUUUUUAUUGUAAGAGCGCAGGCAACGGUAAUACCUGCUCUUUUGAAUCUGCAGAGUUCCAGGGUUGGUUCCUCAGCACUUCUUCAGAAGCAAAAAAGCCUAUUGGUUUGAGUCAAAAAGGAGGACCUCAGAACAUCCUGUUCUACUUUGAAAGAAAAUCAUGAGUCAGAAACACUGUUCUGCAUCUAUGCUUCUAAUAGACCUUGUGUCUUGUGUAUACAAAUUGGAAUGGAGCCAGAAUGUAUGAUUAGGCUGAUGAGUAGACUUAGAUAGUAUCCUUCUUGCAAUCAGAAAACUUUGGAAGAACUAUGUCAUAUUUGGGGGAAGGUGCAAUACAUCUCAUGGAUGAAAUGGA